AUGAGUUCGUCAAACAACCGAGACUCGCCACUACCUUUAUUGAAGACGUGCCAGACAUGUUUUUCAUUGAAGAUUCGAUGUUCGAAAACUCAGGACUCCGACUCUUGCGAUCGAUGCUUGAGGCUCGGCAAGACGUGUAUCUUCAACCAAGCUAGGCGUCGCCAGAAUGUAAAUCGCCAAAGAGAAAGAUUGGAUGUCAGAUCCAAGUCCGAGCAAUCAUCCAAGUCGCCAACAAGUCCUUAUGAAAAAGCAUCUUCGAGCAGCAAAGUGCAGGAUAUCUUCAAUCAGAAUGCAUCAUUUGACCCAUUUGAACGAGGAAUCAUAACCUUCGAAGCUGCUAGAGACUUGCUCGACUGCUACAGGACCCGAAUGAUCCCAUACUUUCCUUUUGUCCUCUUUCGAAAUGACGUAUCUGUUGAGGAGUUGAACGCAGAACGCCCUUUUGCUUGUCUGGCUGCCCUAGCCGCAGCUUCACAUGCCGAUGUCCCCGCCCAAAAAGCACUUGGUUACUUAUUCAAGCAGAUCGUUGCCGCAAAGAUGGUGGAAGGCGAUUUCUGUCAACUGGAUCUACUGCAGGGACUCCUGAUUAAUCUUGCAUGGGCACACUAUCAAGCCAAGCCAAAGAGAUAUAUACAGCAUCUCCAUCUUGCUACUAGUAUAAUCAGUGAUCUGAGACUUGAUAAACCUCGAAGACCAAAGUUAUGGAGUGCCGAGGGCGGGAAAGAUAAGAACAAGCCAGACUGGGGACCCGAUGAGAUGAGAGCUCUCGCAGGGACUUAUUACUUAUCUUCAAGUUCGUCUAUUAUUCUCCAGAAAACACGCCAAUUCUUCUAUACGCCAUACAUAACUGCUUGUUGCGAGCAUCUUGCAUCUUGGAACGAAUACCCGAUGGAUAAAUAUCUUCCGUACAUGAUUACAGUGCAAACGCUCAUCGAAGGAGUUGAAGAUCUUGUCAACAACACAUUGUCUACUAACAACGGUCUGCAUUUCUUUUCUGGGUGUCAGGAAAUCUCACAGAAGUGUACCGAAAUCAAGGAAACGCUUCCUUUCCCUUUGAGCGAAAGCCCACCUCUACUUCUCCAGAUACAUAUUCUAGAGCUUUUACUCAGCCAAUCAUCGCCGAGAGGAACAUCCUUCGGUCUAGACAAGUUCAACAAUCAAUUUGAACACGAAAGCUCGCUCAUAGACUGGCUGUCGGCAAGCAUGUCAGCCGCUCGCUCUCUCAUCAGUGUGAUUCUCGUCAUGCCGCAAGGUGAAGAGAUGUACAUGUCGAACAUGGGCUGGAUCAUGAUGAACUGCGGCCUAAACCUUGCUGUUCGCCUUGAUCUCGUCGCUGCUAGAGGCAGCAUAUCUGGAUCUAUGCAACACCUUCGUCGGUUCUUAGAUAUGAGGCAUACCCUUCGCCAACUAGUCCUGCGGUUCGAGGCCACGCCAGGUCAAGAUGCGCCAGCAGACCAUCCGUUCAAUGCUCUUGCAAAGCGAAUACGUCGGCUUGAGAAUUGGUACCUGUCGCAGGCGGAGCACCAGACACCAGAUUCAUCAGUCUCUAUAAGUCCAUCUGUCAAUGACCAGUCCUUACUUGGCGUCGGUACUGAUGCCAGUGGCAUGUCAGUUGGGUCAAUGCCGUUCAUAGCGAGUCCAUGGCCAAUGAGCUCAGAUUGGUAUCAAAACCCUGACCUCGACAUUGGAACUUUUCUCUUCGCAGAUCCUGUCGAGUUUCCUAUCAACCUGGGUUAUGGGACUUAG